CACCACACCAAAAUCACCUCCGCGGCCGCCGCUUAUAGUGAACCCUAAAUCCCCAAAUCCAUCCACGAGUGCGGCUCUGAGCUCCGGCCAGCCUCUCCGCCGCAACAUCUUCCUGCCGCCCCACACGCUCAAGCUCUCCUGGCCGCUCGAAGUGUUGUCUCCGCUGCGGUGGAGCACCCAUCCGGCGAGCACGACCUGCCCCACGCGCUCCCAUCUGGUGGUCAACCGUGAGAUCUCCGUUCCCAAGCCAUCGCCAUUACUGCCCACAUCCAGCUGCAACCCGUGGGGAUUUUCGUAUUCGCACUACCUAGUGAGGAUUCUUGAUCCCAGCGACUCACGACUUUGUGGCGGCGGCGCAACAAUCCUUCUCCCUGGCCGUCAGUGUCCCACCACAGAAGUUGGAAAAAUGGCAAGCGGAAGAGGAAAGAGUAAAGAUGUGAUGGUCACCGAUGAACAGCUAGCACAAGUUGAGUAUGAACUAGCUAGAAAUAGGAUGGUGGAAGAAAAUGAGGAAAGGAUGGCACGCCUAGGUAUACCUCGGGCAAGUGUUGCAUUUAAAGAUGCCUGCGAAGCAAGCCGACCCCCAAAACAGAAAAAAAGAAAGGCACCCUCCUCAACACUUGAAAAUACAACUGAAAGACGUGUUUUGAGGUCCAGGGUAGCAAAUGAAAGUGCUAAUGCAAAUCCUACAGACCAACCGUCCAAAGAGAUCACUACCAAGCUUGUUGAUGGUGAGAAAGGUGGGCGAACGAUAACUAAAAAGGCUAACAUAUAUGCAAGGAUGAAUAAGCCGAAAAUCAAAAUUCCAUUCAAUGAGUAUGGCCAACCAAUUGGGCCGGAUGCAACUGAAUUUGCCAACUUCAUUGGCACUCUGGUCAGGAAGCAUAUACCACCCAAAGCUAUAGAUUGGAGAGAUGUUGAUGAAGAAAAGAAGUUGCUAGUGUGGGAUCACUUACAGCUGAGCGUCUUCUGA